CUUCUCGACACCCACAAUGGCUUCAACCUCGGGCACAAGCAGCCCCCACCUCGACCAGCAGGUCCUCGCCUGCCUCGAGGCCACCUUAUCCCCAGAUGAGGCCACGAGACACGCGGCUGAGGACCAGCUCCAGACGCUGUACAGCCACCCAGAGGGCGGACUGAGCCUCGCGCGUCUCCUCAGCGAGCAGGCCGUUCCUCUCCCCCAGCGCCAGAUAAGUCCUUUCGCCGGCAUCCUCCUUCAAAAAUACAUCGAGAAGCACUGGUACCCCGGAGCAGACGCCUUCACCCCUCCGACAACCCCGGCCGAAGUCAAGGAUGCGAUCCGGCCCCUCCUCCUGCGGACGCUCUCCGACCCGGAGCGUAAGGUCCGCGUUGCGGCCGCCUUUGCCGCGUCGAGCAUUGCCAAGUUUGACUGGCCCGAGGACUGGUCCGACCUGCUGAGCUCGCUCGUCAGCCUGCUCCAGACCGGCAACCCCAACUCGGUUCACGGUGCGAUGCGCGUCGUGAUUGAGUUUGUCAAGAACGACAUUAGCGAAGACCAGCUCGUCCCCGUCGUGACCGACCUCGUGCCGGCCAUCCUCGCCAUCCUCGGCAACCCGCAGACUCACUCGUUCGCGACCCGUGCCGAGACCGUUGCUGUGUACCGUCACAUCCUGACGCUUCUCGGCACGCUCAAGGACGAGCACCCGGCAGCUGUCCGACAGGCGCUCGACCAGAUCGCGCCAGUCUGGUUCGACGCCUUUAGCCAGCUCCUCGCCGUCGACGCUGCUGCCGACGUCGCCCAGAGCUGGGACAGCCUCGCCCUCCGCAUCCAGAUCUUCCGCAUUCUGCUGCAGUACCAGCUCAACUUCCCCCGGUACAUUGCCAAGCAUGUUCCUACGUUCCUCCGCCUCUCCAUUAUCAACCUCACGUCGCUGCUCCAGACCUUCCACUCGUACUACAUCUCGUCCGACCCCGACUCGCCAAGCCCGCCCGAGCCGGCAUCAGACGCCCCCAUGGACCUCGAUGACCUUGCGAGCGCCGUCUUUGAGUACCUUGAGCCUACUGUGCGCGUCAAGGAGUCCAAGGACAUCUUGGUGGAAGGUGCCGCUGGUGACGAGCGUGGCACUGCCGUCCUCGACACUAUUGUCGGCCUCGUUCUCACCUACACCCAGGUGACGCGUGAGCAGGAGGAGGAGUGGCUCGAGGACGCCAAUGCGUUCGUCGAGGAUGAGGACGAGGACAACAUGAUCUACAGCUUGCGCGUGGUUGGCCACGACCUGAUGGGGUCUCUUAUCGACAAGUGGCCCCGGGCUGUCGGCCGCACCGUCAACGACUUCACCCACCGCCGCGUCCAGGAGUCGGCAGCCGCCCACAAGUCGGGCGACCCCGACUGGUGGAAGCCGCUCGAGACCAUCCUUGGCCUCCUCGGCGGCAUUUCGGAUGACCUCCGCUCCCUCCUUGAGGAGGACCAGGAAGCCGGACGGCCAGCGACCUUUGACUUGCCAUUCCUCUUCAACCAGGUCAUCCCUGACCUUUUGCAGCAGACCGAGGCGCCUUUCCUCCAGGGCCGCGCCUUCGUCUUUGCCUCGCAGUUUGCUGGCCUCCUGCCUGCGGCCCUCGCCCAGGAGUACCUCUCCACCGCCAUCUUGGCCCUUGGAUCGCCGACCACCAGCGUGCCCGUCAAGAUCUCCGCCGUCAAGACGAUCAAGAACUUCUGCCGCCAUGUCGACGCCAGCAUCAUGAACCCCCAGGCCGGCAAGAUCCUGUCGAUGCUGCUGCCCAUCCUGCCCGAGACGUCGGCCGAGACGCUUUACCUCGUCAUGGAGACGGUCAACUCGGUCGUCUCGCUUGACAAGGACUCCUUGACUGUCGAGACGACGCAGGCUAUCUGCCAGCAUGUCUACGCCGAGUGGUUCCGCAACAUGACCGACCCGGUGCUCACCGCCAUUGUGGAGGAGGUCGUCGACGGAAUCGCAGCGUCCUCGUCUCCCGCCGUGGUCAGCACUCUGGUCUCGUUCUUCGCGCCCAAGCUCGCCGAGCUCAUCAUCACCCCUGUCACCGACGAGACGGUCUACGUUCCCGGAGAGGCUGUUCAGCUCGCCAACGCGCUCAUCAAGCCCCGCGGUGGCCCCCUCGAGGCUGAGCUCAUUGCCACAGUCACUGUCGCCGUCAUGACGUGCCUCCAGCAGACCGACGACAUGGACGUCAUUCAGCAUGGCAUGAUCCACCUGACCCUUGUUGUGCGCAAGGACUGCGAGAAGCUGAUCCAGUGGCACGACGCCGAUGGUAGCAACGGCAUUGCUCGCAUCUUCGCCCUUCUUGGCCGCUUCCUCGCCCCGACAUUCUCGGAAUCAGGAGGCAUCUUCGUCGGCGACCUAAUCAUGCACUUGUUCCGCAAGGCUGGCCAGGCCAUCGCCCCGGUCCUUGGUGACUUGUUACGCGCCGUCGUCAACCGCCUCGCCACUGCUCAGCUCAGCUCGUUUAUCCAGAGCCUGAUCAUCCCCUUCGCCUACCUGUUUGGCACCGAGCACACUCAGCAGACCAUCGACUUGCUGUUGUCGUUCCCUCCCGUUCACCUUCCCGACGGCACCACCAAGCCAGCGCUUGACCUCGUUCUGUCGUCGUGGUGCGAGACGGCCGAGACGAUCACGGGCUCGUGGAACAUUCGCGUCAGCGACCUGGGCAUGGCCAAGCUCUUUACCAUGCCCUCCCCGGCACUCCGCAACGUUCUUGUCCGCGGCGACCUGAUUAUCAACGAGAACAACCGCAACAAGAUCAUGACGCGGUCGCGCACCAAGGCAACGCCAAACGAGUACACCCAGAUCCCCUUCCCUGUCAAGGCGCUCAAGCUGCUGCUCAAGGACGUCUCGGCAGAAGGCAAGGGCAAGUCGAAGGGCGAUGAGCUGGGUAUUGAGGACGACGAUGGAGACGAGGAGUGGGAUGACGAUGACCCAUUGGCGUCUGCUGGCCCGACCGACGAGUUUGCCUUCCUCUCUGACUGGCUUGAUGACGGACCUGGAGAGAACGACGCGCAGGAUGACGACGAGGAUCUGAAGAGCGACCCUCUGGCGCAGAUUGACCUGGGAGCCCACCUCACCGAUGUCAUCCGCUCAUCAUAUGCCUCGAACGACAACGGCAUCCACGAGAUGGUUGCCGGGCUUACGGACAGCGAGAAGGCGACGCUGCGUGGAGUCCUCACUGUUGCCUAG